GAUAGAGUGGAUGAUCGGUUUUGGACCGGAAGUGUUGAACCGAUUGUCCUAGUCUUAGUGUGUUCUCUCUAUGAUCUAUGCUGGGAACAGCAGCAGGUCUUCCUGUUGAUGUUUUCUUGACUUGUAUGCCGGCGAAACGCACGUAGCCCGAGACCGGGGCUAGACAGACGGAAGCGCUUCCAGUAAAAGCAUGCCGGGCCUUUUCUACAGCGGAAUGAGGAUUUCUGUUUCAAACCGUCUAUGUCUCCUUUAAAACAGCAACUAGAAAGAAUUUAAAUAUGGAGGAAGAUACUAGACCUCUUCUGGUUCCUGUGGGAGGUGAUGAAAAUGACAUUGGAAUCCUCAACAUUCAGUUUAACCCAGAAGACCUGAAGUACAAAAGACCAUUCCAUGUAGAACCUACAAAUAUCGUUAGUGUGAAUGACGACAUGCAGAGAGUUACAGAUGAAGCUUCAGCGAUGAAUAAACGGAUUCAUUAUUAUAGUAGGCUCACUUCCCCUUCAGACAGAGCACUGGUGGCUCCUGAUCAUGUACUUCCUGCUCCAGAAGAAAUCUAUGUGUACAGUCCAUUAGGAACUGCUUUCAAAAUAGAUGGCUGUGCUGAUGGUCAUGGCAAAAAUUCAAGUAUAGUAACAAUAUUCAUGAUCUGGAACACAAUGAUGGGUACAUCUAUCUUAAGUAUUCCCUGGGGAAUAAAACAGGCGGGAUUUACCACUGGAAUCAUUAUUCUUCUUUUAAUGGGCAUUUUGACACUAUACUGCUGCUACAGAGUUGUGAAAUCAAGGGCAAUGAUACGUAACAAGUAUCAUGAUUUUUCCAAAAAUGUACCUUUCAAAGAGGGUAGCUGGAAGGUCCUGGUAUUCUUAAUAUGUUUUUCUUGCGAUUUUUCAGAUUAUGUUCAUGACAUUAAUGUGACAGAUCUUGUUCCUGGUACAAAUGGGAGUGACAGAGUAAUAUGUCCAGGUGAUGCUGGACAGGAAGCGUCAGGAAACAGAACACUUCUGAUUGUUUCUGCUGGCGGUGGAGGUUUUCCAGAUUUCGAAAAGUUGUGGGACAAAUCAAAAACUGUCCCAUUGUACCUGAGUGUCAUUCUUCUGCUAUUGAAUUUUAAGUCUCCAGCUUUCUUUGCCAAAUUUAACAUGUUAGGUACCGUUUCAGUCGUUUAUCUAAUUAUUCUUGUCACUGUGAAAGCUGCACGUUUGGGAUGCCAUUUAGAAUUUGACUGGUCUGAAACAAGUGAAUAUUUUGUGCCAGAAUUCAGGAUUCUGUUUCCUCAGCUUACAGGAGUGUUGACCUUGGCUUUUUUCAUUCAUAAUUGUGUCAUUACACUGCUGAAGAAUAACAAGAACCAAGAAAAAAAUGUCAGAGAUCUUGCAAUUGCUUAUUUUCUGGUGGGUAUCACAUAUCUCUAUGUUGGAGUGUUAAUCUUUGCUGCUUUUCCAUCUCCGCCACUGAGCAAAGACUGCAUAGAACAGAACUUUCUAGACAAUUUCCCCAGCAAUGACAUCAUGUCAUUUCUUGCAAGAAUAUUCCUGCUGUUCCAGAUGGUGACUGUGUAUCCACUGCUUGGCUAUUUUGCACGAGUUCAGCUUUUAGGGCAUGUAUUUGGAAAUGUUUACCCAAGUGUUUUACAUGUGCUCAUUUUUAACAUAGCCGUGGUAGGAGUUGGCAUUGCAAUGGCCAGAUUUUAUCCAAAUAUAGGAGGAAUCAUAAGAUAUUCUGGAGCAGCUUGUGGCCUGGCCUUUGUAUUCGUAUAUCCAUCACUCAUCUACAUGAUCUCUUUGCAUCGGGAAAAUCGGCUAACCUGGUUGGCAGCAGGUGUUCACGUUCUGAUAAUCUUCUUAGGAGUGGCUAACCUGCUUGCACAGUUCUUGAUGUGACUAAAUAUUUCUUUGCUAAA